CAAAUAAACUUUACAACGAGAAGAAAGUGAAAAUCUAAAAUUCCAAGAGAAGUCGAGGUGUGCAGCAAACCGCAUGGGACUGUAAAACCCUCUCUCUCCCAAUUCAAAAGAAAAAAGAAAAAAAAAAAGCAGAGGCAGAAAAUAUACAAAGAGGUCUUUUACGGUCCGGCCAUUAUUCGCCGAUAAUUUUCAUAUUUGCCGAAUCGAGGACAUUAAUUCGAAACCCUAAGAGAGCCAAUUCUUUUUCAGGUACUGGUCACUUUUAAUUGAUGUGGGCCAUUGAAAUAAUCUGAUUUGUCUGGGCAUACAAAUUUUGAUUACAGAAAAGGUUGAGUGUUGACUCAUGGAGCUUAAAGUUUCAUCUUCAAAGCCAGCACUUUUACCUUCUGAUGGCAACAGUGAUCCUGAAGAGAAAGAAAUCAGUGAAGAGGAUGAUGAUGAUCGCAAUCAUAAGCAUCGUAGGAGAGAACUGCAUUCUCAAUCUGAGGAGACUGAUGCCAUUGAACCAGUUUUCAGUAGACCAUUCAGGAAACGAAAGCCUUUUGAGAAUGGACAUCCUUAUGGUGAAGGAGAUUCUCAGUUUAGUGAAAUCAGGUUCCCAAGAAGACGAGGAAUGGGUUCAUUUUCCAGGGCCCCUAUGGAAUCAUACCAAAGAAUGAGGCUGAACCAAUCACUGUCUGGUGAUGCUAGUAAUGGUAGGGGUCGAGGGAGAGAACAUAGUGCUUGGGCCCAACGUGAUUCAAGGUUUGGCUCGGCUGAUAUUGCAUCUCAACUGUUUCCACAGGGCCCUGUUACUCCUGGUCUCUUUACUGGAAGAGGGGUGCAAAACGUUUCUAAUGCACAGAGUUCAUCUUGGAGUGCAUUUGGAAUGGUUCCAGGAAUGUCUAAUGGCGGCCUUGAUACAAUUCAUUCCCUUGGUUUCCAGGGAACACUCAGGCCACCCUUGAAUCCUACUGUGGGUAUGGGUAUUCCAAGGCAGAGAUGUAGAGACUUUGAGGAGCGUGGAUUUUGCCUAAGAGGAGAUAUGUGCCCGAUGGAGCAUGGAGUAAAUCGUAUUGUUGUUGAAGAUGUUCAGAGCCUUUCUCAGUUUAAUCUUCCUGUGUCACUUCCUAAUGCACACAUGCUAGGACCAGCUACUGCACAAGGAUCUUUACCUGUGAUAGGCCCUUCUGGAUCAUUGGUUAGUGGCAAAGCUUUACAUAACAAAAUUACCAAACCUCCUGUGAUUGAUGAUGGAUUGGGUUUGACUGAUGCUUUUGUUGAUGGUUCUAUGGCUGGUGGAGCUGAUUUUUAUGAUCCUGAUCAGCCUUUAUGGUCAAAUGAUCGUUCUGAAACUUCAGCAGUACUCCAGGAUUUAAAUCCAUCUAAAAUUGAUGAUACUGGGCCUUUGUUAGAUGCAGAAUCCUCUGAUCAUGAUCAAGUUGGGCAGUGUGAUGCCUUUGAACUUGAGCAUCCACUUAGAGGUGCUAAGGCAGCUUCAGGAUCUCAGAGUGUGUGGGGAAGAAUCAGAAGGUCAAAAAAUAAGUCGAAUGGGAAAGAGAUCACUGAUUUUACAGGGGAUGCUUCAAGUUUUGAUGAAAUGGGAAAAGAUUUGGAAUCGUCCUGCAGCAAUCAAGGAAACUCCCGUCCAGGGAAGCAAAAAAAUGUAGAUACUAUUGACCCACAAAUGACAGAAUCAUCUUUCAAGCCCCAAAGUAGUUCUGGACAUAAUAUGAGAAAACCUUCUCAAAAGGCACUUCGAACGCUGUUUGUGAGAGGCAUUCCACAGAAAGACAACAAACCAGAUGCUCUUCUUUCACAUUUUCAAAAAUUUGGGGAGGUCAUUGACAUCCACAUCCCACAGAGUGGUGAACGAGCUUUUAUUCAAUUUUCUAAGAGAGAAGAAGCUGAGGCUGCUUUAAGGGCACCUGAUGCUGUGAUGGGCAACCGUUUUAUAAAGCUUUUCUGGGCAAACAGGGAUAGCAUUAUGGAUGAUGGUUUAAAUGGUGGCAUUAAUUUACCUUUGACUCCUCGUGGAGUAACAUCCAGUGUGGGUCAACCCCACCUAUCUGUUCCUUAUAAAGGAAAAGACAAUAUCCAGUCCUUAGCCUCAAAAGCUGCUGAACAUGGUCCUGUUGUUCUGUUACCUUCUUCUGGUCUACCUAAGCCUGUGGCUCAUAAUGUUCCCAAAGCUGCACCAGCUGUGCAAAAAAAGGUGGAGAGUUUAGAACUUUUGAAGGAAGAAUUGCGCAAGAAGCAGGAGCUGCUUGAUCAGAAGCGGAAUGAGUUCCGACGUCAGUUGGUUAAACUUGAGAAGCAGGCUGUAGGUGUGAAAGCUGAAGCAGUCUCAGACCAGGAUCUGAAGAAACAGAAGGAGGGAGAAACAGUAUCUUAUUCUGCAAAAAUGCAAAAUUCAAGCUCCGCGGAACUUAAUAAUGAUGUAUCUUCAACACAAGCUGACGCAAUCUCUGAUUGUAGCAGAUCAACAGAGAAUGCGGAGCGCUCUUGUUCUAUAUCAUCUUCUACUGUGGCCACACAGGAACCUUCCAGCUUGAAGCAGUCAAUUCGUCCACUGGCACCACAUGGUGCACCUUUUAUAUUCAAUAGAUACAAACUAGACAAUCGUCCCACUGCCUUCAAAGUUCUUCCACCUUUGCCAUGUGGUCUUGCAAAUAUUGCUGUCUUGAAGGAACAUUUCUCUGCUUUUGGUGACCUUACCUCUGUUGAGCUGGAAGAUUUGGAGCCUCAAGAUAGUAAUAAUGGCUCAGAGACGUUAAACAUAUCUGCUAGGAUAUGUUUUCCAACGCGCCGGUCUGCUGAGAGGGCAUUUUUGAAUGGCAAAAUCUGGCAAGGCCAAGCUUUGCAGUUUAUGUGGUUGCAGUCUAGUAAUUCUACCAAGGAUAUUGGUGUCAGAAAAGAUGCUGCUCCUGCUUUGAAGCAGCCUUCAGAUGCUAGUGUUCAACCCAUUGCAGAAGAUUCUUUGACUGGUUCAGAGGAAGGAAACACUGCAGGGACUGAUGCACCUGAAAAAGGUUACAUGGAACGCGAGAAGCAGCCUUCAGAUGCUAAUGUUCAGCCCAUCCCAGAAGAUCCUUUGACUGGUUUACAGGAAGGAAAUGCUGCAGGGAUUGAUGAACCUGAAAGAGGUUAUAUAGAACAUGUGACUGUGAAUGAAGUUCCCAACUCCAGUUCAGCCUCUGUUUCUGUUGAGAAACAGGUAGCUGAAUGUGAUCGGUCAUGAUUGUGGCACAAUUGCAGAGUUGUACAGUGACGUAAAAUUUUGAAUCACUUCUAUGUAAUUUCAGGAGUAGUAGCAAUUUACACAUUCUAGUUUCAAUUUUGCUUUUAUCUCAAUUAUCUGGAAAUGUAAAGAGGAGAUUUUCUGAUUUUUUUAACCACCGGAUGGCAGUCAUGAAGGGUAUCUAUAUUGAAUUCUGAUAGUCAUUCGAUGCUUAUAAGUAUAUCCUGGAUUGAGGACUAUAAUUCAAAAAAUUUUACGCAGAUGAGACAUCUUUUGGCUGUA